AUGGCUUCCAAACCUCCCGACGAGAAAGAAUCGUCGGACGCUGCGGCGGCAGCAACCACCACCAAACCCUCCACACCCGUCGCCAAGGAAGACAAUGGCCCGACAACACCCAAAAAGGCGGGUGCUCCUGUUGCAGAUGCGGCGGCGACGACUCCCAAGAGCGCGCCUGCCCGUCCUCGAGCAGCAACCAUGAAGAAGCCACCCGAACCCCCGACACUGCUCGCCGACUUUCUGAGGGGACGCCCUUCCCCGCAGCGCAUUGCCGCCGAACGAAAACGAAGAAUGAGUCUCGACGCAGUCAAAGCAGAGAUGAGGGCCGAGAUGCGUCAGGCCGCCGUGGCAAAAGUACAACAGCCUGGCGGUGUCAAGGACCGCGUUCAGAAAUGGCAAAAGGCCAACGCCGCUGCCAUGGUAGCGGAGCUUGCAUUCCCGGACGAGAUGGAAAGCGUCACAGAAGAGGACCGCGUCCGGAUCAAGUUGCGACAGAAGAGAAAAUCGGCGCCAAAGAUCGAGGUACAUAACGACGCUGUGGCCGACGAAAAGGAGGAGACGGUGGAGGAGCUCCCCGACGGCCAGACCAAGCAAGCACCCAAGAAGCGGGUUGUGAGCGAUGACCACUGGAUGGCCCAGAAGAGAAGGAAGAGCCCGCCACGGUCAAAAUCGCCGAGAACCAAAGACACAGCGAGCCCAGGCCCAAGUCCGUUGCCCAAAGGAUUUGUACAAAAGACGCCCAUCCAGGCGCCUAUCGCCAAAAAGAUACAGGACUGGGCGGCGAAGGUCGAGCUGCCAGAGCCGUCCCCAACUAAACAUCGAGCGUCAAAGUCGACGGACUCCCUUGAUGGCAGUAGGAUACAGGCUAAGCUUAAGGAACUUCAGGAGAGGCAAGCAACCUUGCCGAAGAAGAGGCUCGACGAUGAUGGCAUCCGCGUUAGACCCAUCAAGACGCCAGCGUCAGAGGGGUCGAACGCCAAGGCCCCGAGACCGCACAGCACAGGAGCUGAAUCUCGCGACCGUAGUCGUGGUGCUAGUUCAAGGCAAGACUCAUCCGACUAUAUUGUGGUGGUGGAAGAGGAAGAGUCCAACCGUAUCGAAGUCAUUGAGGACGCCGCGUCGAGUCUUCCCGCAACACCAACGCGGAAGCCAUCAAAAUCACGUAAAGUCAGUCGAAAGAAGAACGCACCCCCUCGUACAGAAACGACAACAGACGAAAGAUCCUGGGUUAGCUCCUCAGAGUCCGCCGUCAAGACGGGGCUGGAUGACUCGGAGCUCGCUCCCAGUUCACUUACAAGCGCACCUGGUGCAAAGCCAUUGGCAGACAUUCCUGUUGGGUUUUCUGCCUUUAGCGAGCUGGACCUCCCUCUCGACCGGAAGAAAACGAGGAAGAAGGCCCAGCGCAACCCCAGCUUCAAGGCUGCUGAUGUGCUCAAGAAGGUUGUCACCGAGGGCAAGAAGAUCCUGCAUGAGGCUGUCGAGCCGCCUAAGCAACCUGUUGCCAACAAUCCUCCGAGUAUCGAGAAGUGGCUGAACGGUACAGUCGAUCCAUUUGUCGAUGAGCCAUCCAAGAGGGAGGAGUCCCCGGCUCCGAAGAAGAAGGCGUCCGAGGGCAAGCCUCUCGACAAGGCCAAGUCACAAGAUGCCGGCAGGCGACCGUCGGUUGAGCCCCGUCAGAGGAAGCCCUCUCCUCCAACCCAGACUGAGCUAUCCGAGUCUACAGGCCUCACAGAGUCCACACAAACAACUGACACGACCCAAACCACACAGUCGACAGACUGGACAGAAUCGACUUUCACCGAGACAGAUCUGAGCGCAUCUACCGAGAACAACGAGAAUGUAGCACCAAAGCACGUGGAGGAGAAGACGAAAGAAAAGCCCAAGACGCCAACAUCCGCUGGCUCUGGCUCUGGCUCUGGCGGCUUGCGCAGAAGAGCAGCAACUCGAAGCUCACCUUCGCCCAUGAAAUCUGUCAAGAAGCCUUUCCGCGAGAUCCUAAAAGAGGCGUUUAGAGGAGAAUCCAGCGGCCACCAGACGCCUCCGUCCAAGUACAUCAGCGAAGAAGAGCGGCGAUUGGAGCAAGAAUACGAUAGCUACGAAGAGGACGAAGAAUCUAGACGCACCAUGCGUCGCCGCUCCUCUGGCUCUAGCCGGACCUACUCUGAUCGCACUUUUACUGAUGAUUGGACAUAUUCUGACGAGUCUUCCGUACGUGAGGAUAAGACCCCCCGUCGUAAGCCGCCUACAAACGGCGUCCAUGAGCUUUCUACCAUUCUAGGGUCUGCCGACACCCAAAGCACCUACUCCGACAUGACUUCGCAACUGUCCGAGACCACAAUCACACAAAGCACUGGCCUUACGAGGAGCAACGUUUCGCGGCGAAGCAACAAAUCAGGUCUCAAGCGAAGACUGACCAAGCACUCCGAUCUAGUGUCGGUUCUGUCUUUGCCCGAUGACAGCCAGGUACCGGGUAGCCUGAGAAGCAUCAGACCCCGACCGAGUGUUAGGAAGGCGGCUAGUGUAAGGAGAGCCACCAACCGCCCGGAUACGGUCACAACCAAGGAUCUCCUGAAGGAGUUCGCGGACGACGAGGACUUGUACCAGCGUGAGCUGAAGACGCUGGUUGACGGUGUGAUCCCUGUACUUUUGUCCACCGUCCUCCAAGAGCGCUCUGCGAGCGUAGUCGACCUUUUCGGUCCCGAGUCUCCUGGCCGCAAAGCAAACAGCAUGUCGAAAUCCGUCGUUAACAUGGGCGUUGCCCUCGAGAAGCUGAAGACCGCCCACAAGAGGGCAUCUCACACGGAUAUCGAUCGGCUGAUAUCCUGGCUGCACACCGCGUCUCCCAUUUACGACACAUACAUGGACGCAUGGCGUCUCGGCUUCCAAGAUCUCAUCGUCAACCUGGCCCCUGCAGCCGACCGGCUUGAUGACGAGGACUCUCUCAUCAACGCCCUCCCACGCAACGCUGAAGGCGACGUCGUCAACGAAGAUGGAGAGCGCGUUGACGUUGCGCACCUGCUGAAGAGGCCGGUACUUCGCAUCAGAACUCUUGCGAAGUUCACCAAGGGUCUCCAUGCGGCUGUUGGCUCCUACGACACACUUGCAUUGGUUGGUGACUACGAUGCCCUGCAAGAGAAGGCUCGCCGUCGGCAUAGAGAAGAGUCUGCCCGACUGGCCGACGAGGACGCCAUUAAUACGGACACGACUAGACUCCGCGAUCUCCGAACCCUCGCGCCAAUGGAAUCCGUCAAGAUUGACCCCAAGCGACAGGUCAGCGCCAAAGACCUCUUCUCGCUCAGCUUGACCCACUCCAAUGGGCAAAGACUCGAGUGCCAAGUCGAGCUCGUCCACCGCGAUCUUCCCGGUGCGAACAACGAUAAGGGGGACCUGCUCAUUCGCGAGACUGGCAGUGGUCGCCGGACAUGGCUUCUGUUCCCCCCAAUGCCCAUGACUGUGAUCUCAGCCCGUCGUGGCGACUCUAGACACGAGCUUGUCCUCAUGGUACAGGGUACCCACAACGGCCGGCAGUGGUACGAGCUACUGAGCCUCGUCACAGACAACAAUGAUCAAGUGGACGACUGGCUCGGCAUUGUCGGGACCACUCCUGUACCUCCCAAGGAGCGUCUGCCAAUUGUUACUGAGGAGAGCCUCCCCGAGUCACCGCAGCAGAGAACGGACAUACCUCUGGGCGGCAAGCUGCACGGCUCCUCUUCCAGAGACAUGUCUUCUCCAGAGCCGAUGACACCAACACGAUCGAUUCCUAGUCGCUAUCAUAACCGUGGUUCAAGCAUGCCGACCACUCCCAUCGGCCGUAGUCCUUUGCCCGAAAGAACGCCGACUCAAGGCUCAUACAAUGACGGCGAGGGCAGACACAGGGCCGCACCCAACACAACCCCCUUUCGCGAGGACGGUGCUCCGCCACCCCCUAUCCACCGCUCACUCGGCCCCAAGUCACCCAAGCUGCAGCCUCCUGUCGAUCUUCAGAGCCCUCGCGUGAAGCGGCGAGGAUCGUCCCCCUUGAAGCACGAGUACCUGCCAUCGGAAGAGUCAUCUGACACAUCCCGUUCUGUCACCGAGAUCUCUGAAAGUGAGACAGAGACAGAAUCCGACUACACAUCGUCCGAAGACGAGUUUGACGAGGACAUCCCCGAGACCGAGGUAGGCUUCAGUAUUAGGGAUCCUGAGCCACAGCCGGAACGCGAGCGGGAGCGUGAGCGUGAACGUGAGCCAGAGCCCCAAGCCUUUGUGGACUCACUCCAGCAAGAGUCGGCGAUCUCGCAAUCUUUCGUCCAAGAGUCAACGGUGUCCGAAUCCGUAUGCAGCUUGACACCGUCCAACUCGGCGUCGCAAGCCGGCCUCCACGGCCGCAAGAUGAGCGCGUCGGAGAAUUACACCAGAUACAUCGCUUCCAUUUCGUACUGGAACGAGAAGAAGGGCCAGUGGAAGGACAUUUCCCUUGAGCCUUGCUCCAUCCAGGUCACCGCCGGAGUCAUCGAGGCGUACUCAUUAGUCAUGAGCCCCGGGGGGCAACCUGAUAUUCCCCUCGUUUCCCUUGAGCUCACGCCCCUCGUCCUUCUCCGACAGUCCACCGUCGUCGACCUCGAAAUCCGCUCCGCUGUCAAGGACGAUUGCAAGAAUAAGGAUAUCGGUGGCGGCAACUUCCGCUUCCGCUGCCCCUCGAGCACGGAAUGCUUUAAUCUCUACAUGGCCGUCCACCACGCACGUCUCAACAACCAAAAGUUCAUCCAGCUCGAGAACGAAGCGCGCUACAAGUCGUUCGGUGAGAGGCCCGCCGAAGAUAACGAAGAGAACAGCAGCCACCGGCGUAGUUGGUUCGGCCGCAAGAACAGUUACCGCGCGUCGACUCGCGCUCCCUCUCAGUCCCAUGACGGCAGCACUCCGUCGUCGAGCCUGUCCGCGACCAGCUUCCUCAAGAGACUCACGGGCGCCGGCACAUUCAACAUCGCGCGAUCGUCCAUCGACAAGCAGGGUCGUUUCUCUAACAACAAUAGUCUCUACACAUCUGGAUCUUCGUCUGACGGCUAUCCUCGCUCGCCGUCGAUCAGCAUCUACUCCCACUCAAUCCGCAGCCCUCUGUCGUCCGACAAUAUCAAGAUCCGGCUGCAUCUGCUCGUCACCUCGACUAAGUGGGAGGACUACGGCAACUGCCUGCUGCAGAUCCGCCGCCCGCCGCCGGGCUGGCACCAAGACCUGCGCGCAAACCAUGGUCUCGAGAAGCGCGUCACCGUCACCACCGUGCCCAAGAAAUCAGACAAGGCACGCAUCGUGCUCGACGCCGUGCUGGGCAGCGGCUGCUUCACGCCCAUGGGCAGCAGAGGUAUCGUUUGCGGCAUCUGGGAGGAGAUCCGCGACGAAAGGGGCGAGAUUGGUGUGGCACCCAAGACGGGUGGUGCCUCGGGCUCGGUCAAGAAGUGGUGCUUCCAGUGUGCCAGCGUCUCAGAAGCCUCAUGGGUGCUGAGGCUCGUUCACCAGGAGGUGGGCGUCGAGCUCCGGGAGUGA